AUGUCUUCGACACGUUCUGGAAAUUACAUGAAUUCAGCUUUAAAAAAGUUCCAACAAUUUACUGGUUUGCAUGUUACUGGUAUUCUGGAUAAGCCCACUAUCGAACAAAUGAAGAAACCUCGUUGUGGAAUGCCAGAUUUUAGAGGCCGCGUCAAACGUUUUGCUGCCAAUUCCAAAUGGAGUAAAACACAUCUGACUUACUUUGUGAGGAAAUAUGGUUCUGAUUUAAAGAGAUCAACUCAAGACAAAAUAUUUGCUAAAGCCCUGAAGCUCUGGUCCGAUGUAUCGGGGUUGUCUUUCUCUAAAGCGAGAAAUGGACUCUCUGCCGACAUAAAGAUAAGGUAAAAUUUAACAUCUUUUACCCUCUGAGUUUUCAUUGGAAGUUAAAGAGAAUGUAAGACUAACAUAUAGAUUUAGCUAGAGGUAAAAGCGAAGCUCCCGUCACAGUCGUGGUUUACUUCAAACAGUAAACUUGAAACUAUUGAGAAGAAUCCACAGAUCUAUACCAGGAGCUCAUAACCCGAAGCGAGCAACUUCCAUGUGCUCCUGGCACGGCGUUUUCACUGACCAGUUUAUUUUCAGAACGGUUUUGGUGCGAAUUUUGAAUAUCUUUUAAACUCCGCAAAUUUUUGCCUUUUAAUAACAUUUAGUUUUCCCUUUUUAUAUCUUAUACUUCGAAUGCGCUCAUAGACAUGGUGGAGAUUCUAUUUUCGUGGGAAAAAGUGCCCUAAAAUGUGUCUGAAAAUAAACUGGUCCGUAAAGACGCCGUGACAUAGGCCUAGGAUGGGAGUUGUUGCUCGCUUCGGGUUAUGGGCUCCUGUUCAUACUUAACUUAGAGGAGGCCCAUGUGACGUUGGAGGGAGAGGCUCAACAGACAAGGAACAAUUGCUGCUGAAAAAAUGGAACUUGAGCCUGCAAUCAAUUAAAAGGUUAUAGAUGGUCAGCGAAAAACCGUAAUAAAAGACGUGGUCUCGAUUAGUUGAAACCUGGGACCACGAUAAGGUCAUGUGAUACUAGUCAGCGGAUAUCGUGACAGGUGUCAGUGUCAACUGACCAUAAAAUCUACGUCUAUCAACAAGUUCUAACACAGAUUGGUCAGAAUGCAGGCUCCCACACAAGCUAAAAAGCUCACUUUGUUGCGAAUGGACAGGCGGACGUGCGGUCACGUGACCACCAAAAAUUUCUUACCCAUGGCGCACCGAUGCGCGCUUUGGGGCCCUCAAGAGCUCCGCUAAAAACAACCCAAUUUUAAUUAAAAAUUUCAUUGAUUGAACGACAGGCGAACGCAGACUCCAGGCCUGAAACGUGACCGCUUUCCUAACGCCUUUAGGAUAAGCGAAAAUACACAUAUUCAGCCCAGAGUAAAGAUAAAACAGUUGAUUUGCCUUUAUUGAUCUUAUAAAGCAUAAAUUCAAAGCCCAUGAAGACGUCUUGAUUUUAAAAUGCUAAGCCAAGAAUAUAAGGGAAAGGUCCCCUGAUCGGAAAAGGAAACAUUAUGCAAAGGAAUUACCUUGAACGCAACAGCUUAAUUCGUUUUCACAAGGAUUCUAACUGGAGUGGUUGAAAGGCAGAAACGAAUGUUACUCUUUUAAAUAGGGCGUCACAUAACAAGGUUUUCGACUGUAGUGGGAAGUGAUCUAACAAAUAGGAAGUCCAGCUGUUAAAAUUCCAAAGUAAAACAGCAUGUGAUAACUGAAACGUUUGAUAUCCCGGUACUUGCGUGUUUAUAGUUAGCGCCCGGUACUCGUGAGCUUUACUGAGAGCGUGGACAUUUUACUUUUAAAUUUCUGUUCUCAGUUUUGGUAAUAGAAACCACCCAGGGGGGGACGGAAAAAGAUGCCCAGAUCGAUUCGAUGGGCCUGGUGGACAGCUUGCGCAUGCGUUCAUGCCUGAAGAUGGCCGUGCUCACUUCGAUGAAGCCGAAACAUUCACCCACAACAGUCCCCGGGGUACAAACCUUCUGUGGACUGCCACCCACGAAUUUGGUCACGUGCUUGGUCUGGAUCAUUCAAGUGACAGAGAUGCCAUUAUGUUCCCAUACUACCCAGAUUUUUACCAUCCUAAUUUAAGUCUUGAACCAGAUGAUAUCGCUGGUAUUCAAUCCCUUUACGGUAAGAACUCUUCAAAUUGUAGUAGGAAACUUGGGGGAACAGUAAUCCUCUACAAUGAACUCAAACUUUUUGUCUCUUUAAACUGUUUUAAUGUAGAUAACUUGUUGCUCAACUUUUCACAAUCAAGGCUAGCAGUAUCUCUCUCUGACAAGACCUAGUUACAACUCCUUUUAUCUUGACUGAAUCUGAAGGCUGCCAAUCUUACUCAACUUAAAAUAAUCUUACAUCAGUAAAAAUUCGAUUGGCUAUAAGAAUUAUUAACAUAUUUUCCUUCGAGGUUGUGUCGUAAUAGGAAAAUCAGUUAAAACUCCAAAAUUCACUUUUGUCCAAUAAUUGUCCAGUCAAAACAAAACAGUCAGAGAGACACAAAAAUUACAAGGAAUGUUUACAUGAAUGGAAAUCACAUAUGUACAAUAUCGUUACUCUAAAAUGUACAAUUUGUCAAUUCCCGUACAGUGCUUAAGUUGUCGUUUAAAAGCUUCUUCUUGGAAUAUCGUACAAUGGUAAUUAGUCCCGCCUUUUUCCAUAUAUUAACUAAAAGAUUGUUUACAAAUCCCUAGUCAAAAAUCAAUUAGCAAGAUAUUUACAUUGCGAAAGCCUUUAAACAAAGAUAUCACUCGUUACAACUUUUAGCAAGUAAAUUGAACUAGGCAGUAACAAAAGGUUGUUUAUCACAACGAGUUAACUAAGAUAGUUUGUUGGACAAGGUUUUCUUUUGGAAGCGCACUGAAGUGUCGAUCAAACCACUAAAUACGCGAAAGAUAGUAAAAAUAGGAAUGUCGAGGAAAAGACAACUUGGUAAGGUCAAGCUUCUGAAGAUUUAGGAAAAACCAAUUAAGCCAAUUAAUGUAAGAUAACAAACAAAUGUCGUUAAAUUUACCAGAACUAAUUAGAUUACGAACCUCUGUGUGGGUUCAGUUUAAACAAAAAGCAUCAUUUCUUAAUUGAAUAGCGGCACGUGUGCAAAGAAAAACCGACGUCCAAAAGAGCAUCUUUACAGAGAAAGGCCAAACCUUAUUAACGAAAAACAAAUAGCUUUUGUAAGCACAGUACAUUCCAGUAGAACGUAUUUAUAUAACAAUUCAAAACACUCUACUUAGUGAUAAUAAUAAUUAAAAUAUUUUAAAAUAGCAAUGCUUGAUGAUUCAUUAACGUUCCUUAUUCGAUAAAGGUAUUUUCAUUUUGGUGUUAACUUAUACCCAAAAAUAUCGUUUUACAAAAUGUAGCUCGAGGUCUAGGAACUGUAAAACUGAACAGUUAA